UGGGGCACAAAUGGAAUCAAAUUGAUGUGGUGGGGCACAAAUGGAAUCAAAUUGGUGUGGUGGGGCACAAGUGGAAUCAAAUUGCUGUGGUGGGGCACAAAUGGAGUCAAAUUGCUGUGGUGGGGCACAAAUGGAAUCAAAUUGCUGUGGUGGGGCACUAGUGGAGUCAAAUUGGUCUGUUGGGGCAGAAGUGGAGUCAAAUUGCUGUGGUGGGGCAGAAGUGGAAUCAAAUUGGUCUGGUGGAGCAGAAGUGGAGUCAAAUUGCUGUGGUGGGGCAGAAGUGGAACCAAAUUGGUCUGGUGGAGCACAAGUGGAAUCAAAUUGAUGGUUUGGUUUUGA